AGGAGAGGAGAGGAGAAGUGGAGAGAGACGCUGGGAGACAGAUAGGAAUCGAACUAUUCCGCUGGAUCCUAGCGCCUGCACAAAUGAAGCGAGCAUUCUGGAGAAGCACUGACACUGACAGCUGAUACAGGAGAGUGACUGACUGACUGACUGACUGACUGACUGCAUGGCAACUCCCCACCGAGCGUCAUUUUGCCUCGUCCGUCGCACAUCGUGGCGAGAGCGCGCGCCAUAAAGGCCUUUCAGGGUGUGCCAACAUGUCAAGCCUGCAGUUUGGACAACACCUGAUCAAGGCCUCUGCCGUGUUCCUGCGGACAGAACUGUCCUUUGCUCUGGUCAACAGGAAGCCUGUGGUGCCUGGACGUAUCCUUGAACCCUCGCUAGGUGGGAGAACCUUUUCAGAUGUAUUGGUUUGCCCGCUCCGACGAGUGGAGCGUUUUCGGGAUCUUCGACCGGAUGAGCUGACCGAUUUAUUCAGUAGCACCCAGAGAGUCGCCGAGGUGGUGGAAAAGUACUACAAUGCUACAUCUCUCACCAUUGCCAUCCAGGAUGGCCCUGAAGCUGGACAAACUGUGAAGCAUGUCCACGUCCACGUGCUUCCCAGGAAGGCGGGUGACUUUGAACGCAAUGAUAGCAUCUAUGAUGAGCUCCAAAAACACGAUGACCAAGAUGAGAACGUGCCCUCAAAGUGGAGAUCGGAGGAAGAGAUGGCAGCAGAAGCCGCAGUCUUGAGAAAUCAAAUUGGGAACUCUUAGAAGGUAGGACAGCAUGCAAUGCCACAGUCAACAGGGAUUGAUUGGGAAAGAAAAGAAAAUGAAGUGGAGGAUGCAAUGAUACCUGGAGGAAUUGUGUUUUGCUAAAGUACUAGUGUGUCCAACAGAAGAAAUAGAAUGUUUUAAAAAUAUGUGCAAGGGGAGAACCUAUUAGGAAACUCCAACCAAACUGACCACUUCUUGCCAUAGUAUUGUUAUUGAAUCAUCAUUGUCCCUCCCCACAGGGGGAAAUAAAUCUGUGUCAUGGUG